CCAACACCAACGAAAGCACUGGCACUGGGUAUUGUGUAGCGAACUACCCCUCCCCCACCAUUCCACCUACCACAUGAAUUCGACUCAGUAGAGACAGAGAGUCACAUCCAAGAACCUAUCUACCUACCUAGCAACUUGAACAAGGUUGAUCUCGCCGUCAUUCACAAUGGCGAAUUCCAAAUUUGAAUAUGUCAAGAGCUUUGAGCAACCUGAUUUCUUGUUACCGAACACUUGGAUCGUUGUCCGCGUAGACGGGAGAGGGUUCACUAAACUCUGCGCCAAGUAUAAUUUCGAGAAGCCCAACGAUAAGAGGGCGCUCGACCUCAUGAACGCCGCUGCCAGGGUGGUCGUUACGGAGCUCCCAGACAUCACCAUCGCAUAUGGCGUAAGCGACGAGUACAGCUUCGUCUUUCACAAGUCAUGUACGCUGUUCGAGAGGAGAGCGAGUAAAAUUGUGAGCACAGUGGUCUCGACGUUCACGGCUAACUACGUCCACCUGUGGUCAACGUAUUUCACUGAUACCCCGCUCUCGCCGCCCCUGCCGAGCUUUGACGGCCGGGCGGUAUGCUAUCCUACGGUCAUGAAUCUGAGGGAUUAUAUGAGCUGGCGGCAAGUUGACUGUCACAUCAACAACCUUUACAACACAACUUUCUGGACUCUUAUCAAGCUAGGUGGCCUUGACAACAGAGAAGCAGAGAAGCUCUUGGCGGGUACCGUCUCCGGAGACAAGAACGAAAUCCUCUUUUCACAGUUCAAGAUCAACUAUAACAACGAGCCGGAGAUGUACAAGAAAGGCAGCGUCGUCUUCCGCGACUACGAACUCGUCGAGCCGGGGACCCACAACGCCGCUGAGGCGGCUGACGCCCUGGCCGAGCCAGAGAAGCAGAGCAAGACGCAGGCGGAGAAAGACAAGAAAAAGACGAGCAAGGCCAGAGUCGUGGUUGAACACCUCGAUAUCAUCAAAGACGACUUCUGGGACCGGCGGCCGUGGCUUCUCUCCAACAAGCCCGGCAAGACGCCCAAAGAACCCUAAACGAUGCGCGAGGCGUAUGUAUUACAGGGCCACGAGAGGAAGGAAGAUGCUGUCAGUCCGACAGUUGCAAGACACGAGCCUUGUUCUGUAGAGGGUUUGCGAGGUAGAACAUGUCACAUCUGGUGCUACGCGGCUCUAUUGAAGUCGACGGAUGUGAAAAAGCGAGAUUGAAACAGCCGUGCAGCAGAAAUUUUUCUGUUGUUAUGGCAGGAAGUCCAGCUUAAGAUCGCGAGCUCCCCGAGCAGUCGUUUUUAAACUCACAUCUAUCCAUAAUUCUGAAGUCCUUGCGCCGUAAAGAAGCCCAAUACCGAUGAUCGUCUGUCGCCAUGCCGUGUGAUAUGAACCUCUAGGGUCCGAAAGCAUGAGCGGCUGCUCCUUGCUAU